AUGUCGAUACCGCCAAUAAAUUUUGCUGUUCCACCGCCAAUGAAUGUGCCGCCACCUUCUAUUGCAGCUUUACAAACACCGGUUUCAAAUACAGUAGCAAGACCGCCAAUAUUUAGCUAUCCACCACCGCCUUUACCAGCUCGACCUCCGCCGCCCUUACCGGCUAGACCUCAACAGCCAUAUUAUCCCACUGAUCGUUUCCCGCCUCUGAAUGUUCCACCACCUCCAGUUUCCAAUAUACCCCACUCAUUUGUUCCGCCCUUUCAACCCUCUCAACCUCCACCAAAACCUAAUUACAAUAGAGAUAAUAAUUACUAUUAUAAUUCUUCAAGCCCUCAAACUUACUGCCCUCAAUCUUGGAGUAAACCUAAUCAAAAUUCAGACUUAAAACCACCAAAAAGCUCAGAUUAUAAAGCUCGUACAACUAGGAAUGAGAAUCAGCAUUGGUCAUCGGGGGAAAGUGUAAGUUCAUAUAGAGCACAUAGUCCAAGAAGAGAGAUUGCCUAUGAUAGAGAAAAAAGGGAACAUAGAAGUAGAUCAAGACGGAGCAGGUCACGUAGUCCAAGCUGUAGUAGUCAAUAUAGUAGAAGUUCAGGUAGGGAUAGAGAAGAUAGGCAUGCUCGGAGAAGAUAUGAAGAAGAGAGAGACUAUGAAAAUAGAAGACAUUAUAGCCGAAGUAGAUAUUAUAGCUCAGAAAGGGACAGGUCCCAUAGUCGUCAGCCAGAGUCUAGGAGAGAUAAAUAUGAGGAUAUGCAUAGACACUCUUCCAGCAGAAGUCGAGAACCUUCUAGCAGUUCUCAUCAUGCCUCUUCGCAUAGAUCUAUGACAGAUCGAGAGAAAAUUCUAGAAGAUUAUAGGAAGAAUUACUGUAGGACUUCGGAAGAUUUUAUCAAGAAAAUGGAAAAGUGGUCUAAGGAGCAUAAUUCUGAUGAGGAAGAGAAUCCAAAAAUGUGGUACAGAAGCUCACCAGCUGAAUUAUAUUACAAACCAAUAGAGGGUGGUGGUGGAGUCGAGCAAACUCGAAAAUUGCAGAAAAUUUGUGAGAAUUUCUAUAAAUAUCUCAUUGAAAGAGGACUUAAGGCUAGGCCGGUGGUCGAUGAAUUGCCACCAUUGAAGCCACAGAAAGCUAAAAGAUGCAAACAUCAUGAUGAUGACAGUUCAUCUACAUCAUCAUCAUCUUCUGAGGAUGAAGAUUGUCUAGACGAAGAGAAUCUUCAAGGUUACACAGAUAGGAUGAUGUUGGAGCUUCAAAGAAAACAGAGCCAUCCACGACGGUUGCAUUCAGAAUUAUGGUUUAACAACACCGGCGAAAUGAAUGGAGGACCACUCUGUCGUUGUAGUGCCCGCGCACGUCGUCACGGUAUUAGGCACGGCGUUUACGCAGCUGAACAGGAAUUUCCCAAGUGUAUCCCCAAUCAGAGCAAUAUUGAUAGGCUGUAUCAUUAUAGGAUAACAGUAUCGCCGCCAACAAACUUCCUUAUCAAAUCCCCUACCAUCAUAAGUCACGACGAACACGAAUUCCUUUUCUCGGGUUUCUCGAUGUUCUCGCAUUAUAAGCUGGCGAAACUGCCCCAUUGCAAGGUGAUAAGGUUUAAUAUCGAAUACACGAUACUCUACGUUGAAGAGCCAGCGCCCAAGAACUUUACUGUACAGGAGUUGGAUCUGUUUGAGGACUAUUUAUUCAAGGAGUUAUUGGAGUUGAUAGAUUUGGAUCUUGGGAAAGGCACGGAGUCAACUUGUUCUCAAUUUCAUUUCAUGCCGAGGUUCGUUCGAUAUCUCCCCGAAGGUGGUUGUGAGGUGUUAUCCAUGUGUGAAGUUCUAAGAUAUCUAAUCGAGGAGAGCAGCUUGCUCAUCCCACCGGAGUCUCUUGCGGAUGUUCAUAAUAUGGAUCAUUAUCACUGGCAGAAAUUCGUUGACAGGAUUAAAGGUAUGAUUGUAACAUACCCCGGCAAAAAGCCAUGUUCAGUCCGUGUAGAUCAAAUAGACCGAAGUCCGCCCUACAACAUUAAGGAACCGGAAGAAGUCAAGAAGUUCUACCCGGAAAUAGUGCAUUUUGGGAUAAGACCUCCACAACUGAGCUAUACGGGGAACCCGGAAUAUCAAAAGGCGUGGCGCUACUACGUAAAAUAUCGCCACCUGAUCGCAAAUAUGGCGAAGCCUUCGUUCAACGAGCGUCAGAAGUUGGCGGCGAAGGAGGCGAAAUUGCAAGAAAUGCGCACGCAGAGCAAAAUGAAACGGGACGUCACAGUUGCCAUAUCCUCCGAGGGGUUUCACACGACCGGUCUCAUGUGCGACGUUGUGCAACACGCCAUGUUGAUCCCGGUCCUCGUACGCCAUCUACGUUUCCACAAGUCCCUAGAUAGCUUGGAGGAAGUGAUCGGGUACAGGUUCAAGGAGAGAGCCUUGUUGCAGACAGCUCUCACACACCCGUCAUAUAGAGAGAAUUUCGGAACCAACCCUGACCAUGCGAGAAACACUUUAACUAACUGUGGAAUACGCCAGCCAGAGUAUGGUGACAGACGGAUACAUUAUACAAGGAAGAAGGGUAUUGUCACAUUGAUAAACAUAAUGUCCCGCUUCGGCAAAAGUUACGAGACGAAGUCGGAAAUUAAACACAACGAACGCUUGGAGUUUCUCGGAGAUGCUGUGGUCGAGUUCAUUUCUUCCAUACAUCUGUUUAAGAUGUUUCCGGGGUUGGCAGAAGGCGGUCUGGCUACAUAUCGCGCUGCUAUCGUACAGAACCAACAUCUUGCAUUGUUGGCUAAGAAUAUAGGCCUAGAAAAAUACAUGUUAUACGCACACGGUUCGGACUUAUGCCGAGAAGUGGUCAUGCGUCACGCGAUGGCCAACUGUUUCGAAGCGCUCAUGGGCGGAUUGUUCCUCGAUGCCGGUUUGGAGAUAACGGACCGAGUAUUUGCUCAAGCGCUUUGGCAUAAUGAGCUAAUAUUAUACGAUAUAUGGAUGAAGGAACGCGCCCACUCGCUGCAAGAACAAGAACCGGUAGGCGACAGGCAGUAUAUCAAGGACUUUGAAUUUUUACAAAAGUUAACUGUCUUUGAAGAGUCUAUAGGUGUGAAAUUCAAGCACAUCCGCCUACUAGCGCGUGCGUUCACCGACCGUUCCGUCGGCUUCACGAAUUUGACGCUCGGCUCGAACCAACGACUCGAAUUUCUCGGCGACACGGUUCUGCAACUCGUCGUCUCGGAUAAGCUUUACCGCUAUUUCCCCGAUCACCACGAAGGGCACUUGUCUCUACUUCGCUCGUCUUUGGUCAACAAUCGUACGCAAGCUAUGGUAUGCGAUGACUUGAACAUGUCUGAAUACGCCAUAUACAACAACCCUAAAGCGAAGCCCACAGCUAAGAAGCACAAGGCUGAUCUGCUUGAAGCAUUUCUUGGCGCUCUAUAUAUCGAUAAGAACUUGGAAUACUGUCAAGUGUUCUGCAGUGCCUGUGUGUUCCCUCGGUUGCAAGAGUUUAUCAUGAACCAGGACUGGAACGAUCCCAAGUCCAAACUACAACAGUGUUGCCUCACGCUGCGUUCCAUGGAGGGAGGGGAACCGGAUAUACCAGUCUACAAGGUUAUCGAGUGUCUCGGGCCGACCAACACUCGUGCGUAUACAGUGGGCGUGUACUUCCGUGGUCGACGGCUAGCGGCUGGCAGAGGGCACUCUAUACAAGAGGCUGAAAUGAACGCGGCGCAGCAGGCGCUUAACUGCGCUCAUGAACUGUUUCCACAACUGGAUCAUCAAAAGCGGGUGAUCAAACGCGUUAUAGCAAAGAACAUGCGAAGGAAGCGCAAACGCCAGGACGGUGGUGACAAAACCGACAAAGACAUAUUCAUGCGAGAAGAUGAAGAUAAAGUGCCCAAAGCGUAUAGACCCGACAAUAAGUUAGAAGAAAGCUCCGAUUCUGACGAUCCCACUUCUGAUACUGAAGUGAAAGAGAUUAAAUCUGAUGAUGAUGACGAUGAUGAAGCAAAUGAAGACUCAGGCCUGGAUAGUGAUGGAGGCACAGAUAAGUACCAAGACGUGCAAGUAAGCAGCCUUUUAAGCGAUAUGGAGAGACUGAAACAGGAUCUCAUUAAUAGAAACGAGUAUGAUAAACUCAAAGAGAAAUGUAGGAAAUCAGACUCAGAUAGUGAUGAAUGA